UGCCUCCCAAGUGCUGCGACUAAAGGCGUGCGCCACCAUGCCUGGCUAUUUUGCUUCUUUUUGAUCAAUUUUGAUGCAGGCUUGUAGUUAUUUUUAUUUAUAUAAGUUCCAGAAACUCUGAAUCACCGAUCUGUGAUUCUCCUAGAUCUUGUUCAUGGUGUCUGUUCCUUCACGUCUCUUCCCAGAAACAUGUGGGCUUGACUCCCCAUCACAGAAACUUUCUGAGAAAGCUUUGGUUCAAAGUGAUUAUUCAGCAAGUGAAGUCACCAGAGAUGGUUCAUGGUGUUCCCUUCUGCAAGAACUGUGGAAGAAUACUGACUCUACAAAGAGAGAUCAGCCAAACCGGACCCCACCCUCGAGUCCAGGUGCUGUCCUCGACAAGAAAACACUGUGCACAGACAGUGGCCGUGCAUGUCAGAAGCCUGGGGAAACCAUUGUUUUGGCACCCCACCUCAUCUCCACACAAGGGGGACUUCUAAGAUGUUACUCGCUUCCAACAAGUUUGAAUCUGAACCUAGAAGCAAAUGCUCAGAAGGAAAGCAGUGUCACAAAGCAGCUUCUUUACAUUGUGGUGUCUGGUCAGCUCGUCACACAGGGUUCUUGUAAGGCCAACUUUAUGAUUACUCAUGGAGGAGAGGAAGCCUGCACAAGGCCUGGGCGUGGAGACGGUCUCAGCCAUAAGUACCUACUGACACAGCACGACGGUUAUUCUCAGGAGAAAGCAGAUCAGGGUACUAAGUGUGGGAAGGUACUCUAUGCCGUGUCCUCUUCGCACAAACCCAGGAUCACUCCAACUGCGGAGAGCCCGUUUGUCUCAUACAAGGAUGGGAAGGCCUUCCUCCACAUGUCAGAGUCACUGCGUUACCCAUUUCCCCUGAAGGAGGGAGAGCUAAUUCAGGCUGGGGAGAACCCUUACAAAUGCAGCGGCUGUGGGAAAAUCUUUCGUACUGAGGCCGCGCUCCAAGAGCAUGAGCAAAUUCACACAGAAGAGAAGCCCUAUGUGUGCAGUCAGUGUGGGAAAGCUUUCGGCAGCAGGUCAGUUUUCUGUGAACAUGAGCUGCUUCACAGGAAGGAGAUGCCUUUUGUCUGUGAUAAAUGUGGGAAGGCCUUCUUGGAGAAGUCAGAGUUGACAUCCCAUCAACAAAGCCACACUGGAGAAAAGCCUUACAAAUGUUGUGAGUGUGAAAAGUCUUUCAAGUUUCCAUCCCAACUGAAGGUGCACUGUCAAAUCCACACAGGCGAGAAGCCUUAUGAAUGCCAGGAGUGUGGGAAAUCAUUCAGUAAAACAGCCAAACUCAAGGUGCACCAUCGAAUUCACACAGGAGAGAAACCUUACGUGUGCUCUGAGUGCGGGAAGGCCUUCAAUCAGAAAUCAAUACUGGACAGGCAUGGGAAACUUCAUCCUGGGGAGAAGCCUCACAGAUGCAGUGACUGUGGGAAGUCAUUUAAUUAUCCGUCCCAGCUGAAGGUGCAUUACCACAGCCACACCGGGGAGAAGCCUUACAAAUGCCGAGAGUGUGGAAAGUCGUUUAAUUUUCCAUGUGAACUGAAGGUGCAUUAUCUAAAUCACACGGGGGAGAAGCCUUACAAAUGCCGAGACUGUUGGAAAUUGUUCAGUAAAAUGUCCCAACUGAAGGCACAUUAUCGAGUUCACACUGGGGAGAGGCCUUUCAAAUGUAGCCACUGUGGAAAAGCCUUUUCUACUAAGGAGCAA